AUGGCUAUGAGUAUAUCUACAAACAAUGUUGUACAAAGUUCUAGUAACAGUACAUAUAAGCCACAAGUGAUGGCAUCAACAACAACAACGUCAACAUCAACAUUAACAAAAAAAGAAUCGUCUCCACCAACAUCAACAGCUAAUACUUAUGUUCGAUGUCUUCCACAUCCGCCUACAUAUCAUUUAACAAUUGCUGAUUUAUUUGAUACUUCAGCUGGUGGUGGCAAACCUCGACUUGAACGUCUUCGUGAACAUCUAAUUGCUGAAGGACGUCUUGAAGAAGAUGCUGCAUUGAUGAUUAUUGAAUAUGGAGAACAUUUAUUACGUUCCGAAAAUACAUUAAUCGAUUUAGAAGCUCCAAUAACUGUGUGUGGUGAUAUUCACGGACAAUUCUAUGAUCUUAUGAAAUUACUUGAAGUUGGGGGUCCACCAGCUACUACACGUUAUUUAUUUAUGGGUGAUUAUGUUGACCGAGGUUAUUUUUCCAUUGAAUGUGUUCUUUACUUAUGGGCGCUUAAAAUUCAUUAUCCAACAACAUUUUUUCUACUUCGUGGAAAUCAUGAAUGUCGACAUUUAACUGAAUAUUUUACCUUUAAAAGUGAAUGUAAAAUUAAAUAUACAGAACGAGUUUAUGAUGCAUGUAUGCGUGCAUUUGAUUGUUUACCAUUAGCUGCUCUUAUAGAUAAACAGUUCUUUUGUGUUCAUGGUGGUCUUUCACCAGAAAUUCAUACAUUAGAUGAUAUUAAAAAAUUAGAUCGUUUUAAAGAACCACCGCCAUAUGGUCCAAUGUGUGAUUUAUUAUGGAGUGAUCCCGUUGAAGAUUAUGGACAUGAAAAAUCUCAUGAUGAAAAAUAUUUAUUUAAUGCAACACGUGGUUGUUCAUAUUUUUAUACAUUUAAAGCUGUUAAUGAUUUUCUUGUUCGAAAUUGUUUAUUAACUGUUAUACGUGCACAUGAAGCACAAGAUGUUGGCUAUCGUAUGUAUCGUAAAUGUCCACAAAGUGGUUUUCCAUCAUUAAUGACAAUAUUUUCUGCACCAAAUUAUCUUGAUGUUUAUCAAAAUAAAGCAGCUAUACUUAAAUAUGAUACAAAUAUAGUUAAUAUAAGACAAUUUAAUGCUUCACCACAUCCAUAUUGGUUACCAAAUUUUAUGAAUGUUUUUACAUGGUCAUUACCGUUUGUUGGCGAAAAAAUAACUGAAAUGUUAAUUAAUAUAUUAAAUAUAUGUAGUGAAGAAGAACUUAUAACGGAUUUAUCAAAUGAUCAACAAAAUGAUAAUGACAAUCAAUUUCGUCGUGAUGCUAUACGUUCAAAAAUACGAGCUGUUGGAAAAAUGGCUAAAGUUUAUGCAUCAUUACGUGAAGCUAGUGAAAAUGUUUUAAAUUUAAAAGGUCUUGCACCUGUAUCACCAGCAUCAUCCACAACAAAUCUUACUGAACUUAUUGAUGACGAAGGAGAUACUACAGAACAUCGAAAAGUACCAACUGAUUUUUCAUUUUCAACAGCUAAAACAUUUGAUCAAAUUAAUGAACGUAUGCCACCAUGGUCCGAUGCUGAACGAAAACAACGUUUAACAAAUAGAAAUCAAACAAUAAAUGAUGAUCCAAUUAUACAUAAUGUUGAUAGUGAUAAUGAACAAGCAGAAUCAAUAACAAAUGAAAGCGACUCGGCACAUCAUACACCUAUUCUUUUAAUACAAAAAGAAGAUGAAAAAAUUCUCAAUGGAAUCGAUAAUAUUCCAAACAAAACAUGUGAAUCUUCUUUUUCAAAAUCAAAAACAGAUUUUUUUCACUCAAAACAAAAAUCUAUCUCAUCUUCAACCGGUGAUCAAUAUACUGAUCUUGAACAUACUCAAAUAAAUUCUGAUAAACAUCAUGAUAAACAUGUAUCUCAUCAAAAACAUUCCACCAAUAUUUCGAAUCAUUCAACAGCAAGUGGUGGUUUUUCAAUAAGAAAUCCUGUUAGUUCAUUUCGAUCAUGGGUAUUGCAUAAAAAAUCUUCUAGAGAAGAUUCAAUAACAAAAUACGGAAAAAUCGAUACAUCUCCAACACCACGUAAAUUAUCUUUGAGUUCAGAUACAACAAAACGAACUCGAACUAAUUCAGCAUCAGCUACAACAACAUCAUCUGUAAUUAAUAAUCCUCAUCAGCAACAACAACAACAGCAACCAACUCAAUCAAAUUCUUCUUUAGCUACAUCAGCAACACGUGUAAAGAAGAAAUCAUCAUUUACAUUACGUAAUACAAAUCCAAUAGCAUUACUUAAACGAACACCGGAAACAAAUCAUAAUCAAACAGAUUUAUCAUCAACUGAACAAACAGGAGCCGGAGGAGGCGGAGGAGGUCCGUUUGGUUAUUUAAAACAUCUUGUGCGAGGCGACAGUAGUAGCAGUGAAAGAAAGCAGUAG